UCUCUCAAAAAACAUCUUCAAACUUCAAAGCUUUUUAGUUCACUCACUUCACAGACCCCCAUCAAAGUUUUUUGCUCCAAUUAUGGCAGCAGAAAUGGCUCUUGUGAAACCAAUUUCAAAAUUCACACCAAAAUUCAGCAACAUUCCUAGAAGAACAGUUUCAUCAUAUUCCAUAAGAAUGUCUGCUACUCCAACAGCAACACCAACUUCAACAAAACCAAGCAAGAAACCAAACAAAACUGCCAUCAAAGAGACCCUUUUGACACCAAGAUUCUACACAACUGAUUUUGAUGAAAUGGAGACCCUUUUCAACACUGAGAUUAACAAGAACCUUAAUGAAGAUGAGUUUGAAGCUUUGCUUCAGGAAUUUAAGACUGAUUACAAUCAAACUCAUUUUGUUAGGAACAAGGAGUUUAAGGAAGCUGCUGAUAAACUUGAUGGCCCUCUUAGACAGAUCUUUGUUGAGUUUCUUGAGAGGUCUUGUACUGCUGAAUUCUCUGGUUUUCUUCUCUACAAAGAGCUUGGAAGGAGACUUAAGAAAACCAACCCUGUGGUGGCUGAGAUUUUCUCUCUGAUGUCCAGGGAUGAAGCUAGGCAUGCAGGGUUUUUGAAUAAGGGUUUAUCUGAUUUCAAUUUGGCAUUGGACUUGGGAUUCUUGACAAAGGCUAGAAAGUACACAUUUUUCAAGCCCAAAUUUAUUUUCUAUGCUACAUAUUUGUCUGAGAAAAUUGGAUACUGGAGAUACAUAACCAUAUACAGACAUCUCAAACAAAAUCCCGAGUACCAAUGUUAUCCCAUUUUUAAGUACUUUGAGAACUGGUGCCAAGAUGAGAACAGGCAUGGAGAUUUCUUCUCUGCUUUGAUGAAAGCACAGCCACAAUUUCUCAAUGACUGGAAGGCGAAGUUGUGGUCACGCUUCUUCUGUCUAUCGGUUUAUGUCACCAUGUAUCUGAAUGAUUGCCAACGCACAGAUUUCUAUGAAGGAAUUGGACUUAACACAAAAGAGUUUGACAUGCAUGUCAUAAUCGAGACAAACCGAACAACUGCAAGGAUUUUCCCAGCUGUACUUGAUGUUGAGAACCCAGAGUUUAAGAGAAAGUUGGACCGGAUGGUGGUGAUAAACCAGAAGAUUCUUGCUAUUGGCGAGACUGAUGACAAUUCAGUAGUGAAGAACUUUAAGAGGAUUCCACUGAUUGCUGCCCUGGUAUCUGAGCUUUUGGCUGCGUAUCUGAUGAAACCAAUUGAGUCAGGAUCCGUAGAUUUCCCCGAGUUUGAACGGGGGCUUGUGUACUGAAGUUGUGUAUAAAUUCCUUAUUUCCUUUUGAUCCCUAUGUAAUGUUCAUCUUGAGUGCUACUAGUACUGCUGCCACAAAACAGUGUGGAAACAUUUACCAUGAUGAGAUACUUGUUAGUUUAAAUCACAUUUUCUCAUUUUUGUAUCUCAUUUUCUUCUUUAGAAGUUUAUUAGAAAUGUUCACAUUAUGAGUUACUUAUCAAGAGAUGAUUCUUUCCUCACUCUUAUAUUCCAAUUGGAAGGUAUCUCUAGCAAA